UAUAACACUUAAGUGUCCUGCUCAAUGGAAAUAGUCCGGUCAGAUCCACUUUCACAGUGAAUCAGUGCGCAGCGGGGCGCGUGCAGCACGGCGGCUGUCAGUCCUCUCCAUCCCUCCCAUUGGCUGCAGCAGGAUGCUUGGUGUCUCUCCUGUUUCCGUGAUCCUCACAUGCAACCGGAGCCGACGAAGCUUCGCAAUGGAACGAGAGGGGGAAGCUUCACCUGUAGAUAUUUGAAAUUAAGCUGUUACACUAGCGCCAAAAACACACACGGCACUUUUAAAGUAAAGGCUCCGCGUUCCGGAUAUCGCACCGCUGCAUAGUUGCUGGAAAUAACUUCAUUAUUUCAGUUUGUUUACGUGCGACUGUCGCCCUGUCCUCCGGUUUAAAGGAAUACUGCAGGCUGUAUGGAGGGAUGUUGGCAUGGCUUGCACCAGGAGAACCAAAACUUUGGUGUCCACAUGCGUGAUACUUAGCGGCAUGACCAACAUUGUUUGCCUGCUUUACGUCGGAUGGGUUACUAACUACAUCGCCAAUAUUUACAUCAAAGUUCCCAUGCCUUUACCGGAGAGAAAGUUAGAGGGAGACAAACGAGGGGACACUCUCCGGAUCAUGGAGAGGCUUGAUCGGCUGGAGAAUGUGGUCAACCAGCACAUACAAGAGACUCCAGGGAAGGGAGAGGACAGUCAGGCGGACACAUCGUUCUCCGACUCAUCGCUGUUCGCUCACUGGGGUCAGGAGCUCGGCCCGGACAACCAGCGGGUGGCAUUGAAGAUGUUCCAGUACUACGGAUACAACGGCUACCUCAGUGAUCGACUCUCUUUAGACAGGCCAAUCCCAGACCUCAGGCCUGAUGGGUGUAGGAACCUCACUUACCCUUUAAACCUCCCUCAAGUGAGCAUCGUGUUCAUUUUUGUGAAUGAAGCCUUUUCCGUCAUCCUGCGGUCCAUCCACUCUGCCAUCAACAGGACGCCCUCCCACCUUCUCAAAGAGAUAAUCCUGGUGGACGACAACAGCAAUAACAAAGAGCUCAAGGAGAAGCUGCAAGAUUUUGUGUCUGAGACCAACAGCCAGCAUCCGGGAUUCAUCGUGUUGGUGCGUCAUACCAAGCAGGAGGGUCUGAUCCGUUCCAGAGUGAGUGGGUGGAGGGCCGCCACUGCCCCAGUGGUCGCCCUGUUUGAUGCCCACGUCGAAUUCAACGUUGGCUGGGCUGAACCCAUUCUGCAGAGAAUUCAAGAAGACAGAACCCGCAUAAUCUCCCCAUCAUUUGAUAACAUCAAGUACGACACGUUUGAGAUUGAAGAGUAUCCGCUGUCGGCCCAGGGCUUUGACUGGGAGCUGUGGUGUCGCUACCUUAACCCACCCAAAUCCUGGUGGCACAAAGGCAACAAGAGCGCACCAAUCCAGAGCCCUGCCCUGAUAGGCUGCUUCGUGGUGGAUAGGCUGUACUUUGAGGAGAUCGGUUUGCUGGAUGAGGGGAUGGAGGUGUACGGAGGAGAAAAUGUGGAGCUGGGCAUCAGGGUGUGGCAGUGUGGCGGCAGUGUUGAGGUCCUCCCUUGCGCUCGUAUCGCCCACAUAGAGCGCGCUCACAAACCAUACACGGAUGAUCUGACGUCUCACGUGCGGCGAAACGCUCUCAGAGUGGCAGAGGUUUGGAUGGAUGAGUUUAAAAGCCAUGUCUACAUGGCCUGGAACAUUCCUGUGGAGGACUCCGGGAUUGAUAUAGGCGAUAUCUCUGAGAGGAAGGCUCUAAGGAAGAGGCUGCAGUGUAAAACUUUCCGAUGGUACCUGGUCAACAUCUACCCUGAGAUGAGGAUGUACAGCGACACCAUCGCAUACGGAGUACUGAAGAACUCUCUGAAGAACGAUCUGUGUCUGGAUCAGGGACCCGACAAUGACAACGUGCCCAUCCUGUAUCUCUGUCACGGGAUGACACCUCAGAAUGUGUACUACACCAACACUCAGCAGCUCCACAUCGGACUCCUCAGUCCCACCAUUGACGACGACGACAACAAGUGCCUGGUGGACGUGAACAGCAGACCGCGCCUCAUCGAGUGCAGCUACGCCGCGGCCAAACGCAUGAAGCUCCACUGGCUCUUUUCUCAGGGAGGAUCCAUUCAAAACAGGAAAUCAAAGAGGUGCCUGGAGCUCGUAGUGAGCAGCGACAAUGAGUUUGGCUACCAACUCACUCUGCAGAAAUGCACCGGACAGAAAUGGUUCAUCACAAACGUGCUGUUUAGCAACGCCUUAUGAUCAACAUCUGGCGGGGACACUGGAGUGAAUGGAUGGAGUUGCUUCUUUUGUGUACACAUGGAUUGUGUGAGAUGAUAGGAAACAGGAGUCCAACAGAAGAGCAGUGCAUGGUUGAACACGGUCAUUUUGAGCACCACGAUGUCCUCCAAUGAGACGAGUUGACAUCACAUGAUAAAUGUUAAACAUUUUAUUUUGCCUACAGGAUCAGCCAUAGUUGGCGGAAUUUUGCAGAUUUGACAAAGUAGUAUAUUUAGUAUAUUUUGUGGUAAAUACAGUACAGUCAGAUUUCGUUGACUUCAAAGAUGUAAUGGGUCCAAUUAUGUUUUUGUACUUUGUGCAUAAUUGCUACUGUGUAGCAGGCUUUCUGAACCUGUCCCUGCUGUAAUUAUUUUAAGUUAGUGUCUCAGGUUUGUAGGUUUGUUAUGGGAUUCAGCUGUAAAGUUGUGGGAAAAUGUUGGAAUAAAUAUGAAAAUUAUAGAUAAUUUUCUACAUGUAAAUAUUUUGAAUAUUUGUUAUAUAUAACAUUAAAUAACUGAUGUUAACUACU